GAGUCAGAUCGGGCUCUGUAACACUAAGGAAUACUGUAUCGGCAUCAGAUUUGGUCUGAUUUCCCUGCAGGUGAUUCAGAAACUUCACAAUGCGUCUGGAAGAACUCAAAAGGCUGCAGCAUACCUUGGAACAAGUUAAUGAUGGCAAAUAUUUACUUGAAAGCCAUCAUCUUGCCAUGGACGUAGAGAAUAACAUUGAAAAAUACCAUGACAACUUACAGCCUCUGGAAACAAAAGUGAAAAUCAUUCAGAGGGCAUGGCGUGAAUACCUACAGCGCCAGGAUAUGUUACACCAAGACCCCCUGGAGAAGCGUAGUCCAUCACCACCUUCCUUGUCUUCUGACAAGAUGAGCAGUUCCAUCAGCAUGAACACUUUUUCCAAUGGCAGCACUCCUAUUGAAGCAUCAUGCGACAGCCUGAAAUUCAGGUGACUGUGCCUUGCAAAGCCUCAGCCAUAAUAGAACAGACUUCUCUGAAAAUUACAUACAUCAAAAUGUAUGUGUGCAUUUGUAUGUAUAAUUGACAUGUCUAGUUAUUAUUUUGCAGGGGUGUGCA